AUGCAUGGAAACCGAAUCGUCGCUCACCUGGCCUCUGUUCCUCGCCCUAGCUGGAACCGCUUCAUCGUCAUCUUCAUAACCUCCUUCUUCACCAUCUUCUUCGCUACCCUCUACUAUCAAUCACAAGUUGAAGUUUCUUGGUUCCAAGUGCCUACUACUCUCAAGGUCACCCCCAAUUUCGAAGUCUUCACUGAUGUCUACCACUCUUCGCAAGUCUUCGGCCACAAUUACGAGGAAAUGGAGAGGAAUUUCAAGAUUUAUGUGUACCCUGACGGAGAUCCGAAAACGUAUUACCAAACGCCGAAGAAGCUCAAGGGAAAGUACGCCAGCGAAGGGUAUUUCUUCCAGAAUAUUCGAGAGAGUCGGUUUCGGACUGACGAUCCCGAGCAAGCUCAUUUGUUCUUUAUACCGAUUUCUUGUCAGAAAAUGCGUGGAUCGGGAGCUUCAUAUGAAAAUAUGACUACUAUAGUUCAGAAUUAUGUGCAGAGCUUAAUAUUGAAGUACCCUUACUGGAAUAGAACGUUGGGCGCUGAUCACUUUUUUGUGACUUGCCAUGAUGUUGGUGUGAGGGCGACUGAAGGGGUUCCGCUUCUGGUGAAGAAUUCAAUUCGAGUUGUGUGUUCACCGAGCUAUGAAAUUGGAUUUAUCCCACACAAGGAUGUUCCCCUCCCUCAAGUGCUGCAGCCCUUUGCUCUUCCUGCUGGAGGAAACGACACAGAGAACCGGAAAAUGCUCGGUUUCUGGGCAGGUCAUCGCAAUUCUGAAAUAAGAGCUGUACUAGCAAAUGAAUGGGAGAAUGACACAGAACUUGAUAUCCAGAAUAACAGAAUAACUAGAGGCACUGGACAUUUGGUAUACCUACAGAAAUUCUAUACCACGAAGUUCUGCAUAUGCCCGGGUGGUUCACAAGUCAAUAGUGAUCGCAUAGCUGACUCUAUUCAUUACGGAUGUGUACCUGUAAUAUUGUCAAAUUACUAUGAUCUUCCAUUCAAUGAUAUCCUUAAUUGGCGGAAAUUUUCUGUGAUACUCAAUGAGCUUGAUGUAUAUGGUCUGAAGUAUAUUCUAAAGAAAAUACCAGAAUCAGAAUUCAUCAGAUUACAUUACAACCUGGUCAAGGUGCAGAAGCAUUUUGAAUGGAACACACCUCCAAUCAAAUACGAUGCAUUUCAUAUGGUCAUGUACGAUCUCUGGUUGCGCCACCAUGUCAUCAAGUACUGAAUUAUCAUGACAAAUAUUGCAAUCUCUUACUGUACUGUCCAUUAACAGCAUUUCUGCACCAGAGAUCCUCCAUAGCCGUUAACACAGCAGGUUCUGACAGUAGUUUUACUUGUAAGUACUUCUAUUCUAUGCUUCAAGCAAAAAAGAAUUGCACCUUCCAUGCUGAGUGGAGAAAGCUUUAAGAGAGCUUGGCAAACUCCCAAAAAGGAAAAUAUUGCUUCAUUUGGCAGCCUCCAAUUUUGUUUUUGGUCAAAUUUUAGCUAUUCUUCUGAUCAGGUGUGUCUGUCUGUGUAAAUCAGAAUAGAUGUAAAAUGUGAAUGUUACUUUUUAGGUUUGCAACCUUGUUUUUAUCAAAGUGGGUAUACUAUUACUGUCCAACCAUGUUUCAGUUUGGGUUUUCUCAGUAAAAUGUCAAAUGCAUUCACUUCGCAAUUUUUGUUUUCUAGGCCUUCUAUCAUUCUGCAGUAGUCCGCUGAAUAUCUGCCAUAGUGAUGCGCUUUUCUCAUUCCUUUCCUACAUGCAUAAAUAAAUAUCGAUAUGUAUGUUAAUAUAUUUAUGAGGAACAAUACUGUACAUGAACACAUUUCA